AUGCCACUCCACUGGCGUCGCCGCCGGCGAUCGCUCCUCGGUCUCCGACUGCUCACCACCUCCACCGCCCUCGUCGUCCUCUUCCUCUGGGCGACCCUCCCCUACGACAACGCGCUCCGCUCGUCGGCGCGGUUCAACACCCACCGGCUCGUCUCUUUUCUCAGGGGCCCCCUGAGGAACGAGCGCUGGCUUUACGAGCCGCCCGCCUUCCCCGUGGACUGGUCGCGUGACGUCGGCAUCAUCUUGAAGACGGGCUACGGGACGCAGGAGAGGGCCCUGGCGUGGGUCGAGGCGCUGCCGGCUGGGAUCAGCCCCGAGAAUGUCAUCAUCGCUGGCGACUUCGACGCCGAGCUGGCGACAAGGAGUGGUGCGCGGUCCGGGUUGAAGGUCCAUGAUGUUAUCGCGAGGAUCGCGGACGAGAAGCUUGUGGCGUGCGAGGAUGCCCGUUGCCCGCGUGCUGAGAAGUACAUGAAUUUGAAGGCUGCUAUUUCCGCCGGCGAGGAUGGACUGGCAAAGAAUUACUCGAGCUCUUUCGGGUGGGAGUUGGAUGCGAUGAAGUUCAUACCCAGCCUCGAGUUGGCCUACCGUGCCAUGCCGGAUAGGAAGUGGUUCAUCCUCGUCGAUGACGAUACGUACCUCAUUUACCCGUCGCUCAACUUCAUUCUCGGCCACUUCGACCCUUCCAUGCCCUACUACCUCGGCAAUGCAGUAGGCGACUACCGCCAACGCUUCGCCCACGGCGGUUCCUCCAUCGCCCUCUCCCGUGCAACAAUGCAAGCCCUCUUCGCCCCAGGCAACCACCACGCAAUCGCGAAGGCACGCCACGCCUCCCUGACCGAGACCUGGGGCGACCGGCUACUGGCCGAUGCGCUUCUGCGGCUCGGCGUACCCGUCGACGAGGACGCCAGCCGCUUCUUCAACGGCGAGCAGCCGUGGGCAUCGCGCCUGCGCCCUGACCGCCUCUGUGCCCCCGUCGCGACGUUCCACCGCCUCUCGACGGCGGACGAGAUGGCGGACGUGGGCCGGGUCUUCCGGGAUGCCGUCGACCCCGUGCUCUGGGUCGACCUGUGGGAGAUGUUUGCCCACCGCGGCGGCAGACGGCGACAGGACCGGGCGGCGGAAGCUCGUUCUUCCAUCAGCCAAACCGCGUCACCCCAUGAGUACGCUCCAGCCAAGAUCGUGACGCCUCCCGACGAGAAGAUCGGCUCGCCGCGACUCCUUUAG